AUGGCGUCCCUGGGCGCAGCCGAGCCGGCGGCAGCCAGCAGCGCCGAUCCUUUGCAGUAUGACCUCACCACGGUGGUGGCCAAGUCCCUGGACCGCCACCUCGUGUUCCCGCUGCUGGAGUUCCUGUCCCAGAAGCAGCUGUACCCAGCCGAGGACAUCGAGUCUGCCAAACUGGAACUGAUCGAGAAGACAAACAUGGUCGACUAUGCCGUGGAUAUCUACCAGGGCCUCAAUCAAACGGAUGAGGUGCCCGACUCCCUGGUGGCUCGACGACAGGAGGUGGUGAACAAGCUGCGCACCCUGGAGGGACAGGUGAAGACCAUCACCGACUUCCUGAGCAAUGCCGACAAUGUCCGGCUGCUCAAGCAGGACAAGACGCAGAACCAGGCCUUCCUGCAGUCCGAGUUCGGCAUUGGCCCCGACCAGGUGGACGCACUGUACCACCUGGCCAAGUGGAACUUUGAGUGCGGCAACUACAGCGCGGCCGCGGAGUACCUGCACCACUACCGCAGCCUAUCCACUCACCCCGACCGCUGCGUAUCGGCGCUGUGGGGCAAGGUGGCCGCCGACAUCCUGCUGCAGGACUUUGAGGCGGCCAUGGAGGACCUGCUGAAGCUCAAAGACCUCCUGGAUCUGGACACCUUUGCGCCCGUGGUCAAGCAGCUGCAGUCCCGCUCCUGGCUCAUGCACUGGUCCCUCUUUGUCUUCUUCAACCACGAGAACGGUAUGAACGCCCUCAUCGACCUCUUCCUCCAGGACAGGUACCUGACGGCACUGCAGCUGACCGGCCAGCACCUGCUGCGCUACCUGUCCAUCGCGGUGGUGAUCAACAAGCGGCGGCGCAACGUUCUCAAGGACCUGGUCCGCGUCAUCCAGCAGGAGCAGUAUGAGUACCGCGACCCCAUCACCGAGUUCCUGCGCUGCCUCUUUGUGGAGGCCGACUUUGACGGCGCGCAGGCCUGGCUGGCCCAGUGCGAGGAGGUGCUGGACAAUGACUUCUUCCUGGUGGCGGCCAAGGAGGCGUUCAUGGACGCGGCGCGCACCUUCCUGUUCGAGACCUACUGCCGCGUGCACCAGCAGAUCGACCUGGCGGAGCUGGCGGGGCAGCUGGGCAUGGACCGAGAGGCUACCGAGAAGUGGAUCGUGAACCUCAUCAGGAACGCGCGGCUGAACGCCAAGAUCGACGCCAAGGCCGGCACGGUGGUGAUGCAGACCGAGACCCUGGGCGCCAACGACGCGCUGCUGGAGAAGGCGCGGGGCCUGUCUGUCCGCACCUUCAGCCUGGCAAACACCCUGGUCGGCAUCCUCAAGGCCUAG